AUGAAUGAACGUGAGCUCAGCAGUUCCUCAGGCACAGAUGCUUCUCCCUGGUGCAGAGGCACGAGGGCCCCUCUGCUUGAGGCCUGCGGUACUUCCUCCACCAGCUGCUGUCAGCCCCCCGUCAGUGGGGAUCUGAGAGUCAAGAUCCUGAUGCCAUCCUGUGGGUGGUUUCACCGUGACCUGAGUGGGCUGGAAGCCGAAGCCUUACUGAAGGGACGAGGUGUCCAUGGGAGCUUUCUGGCCAGACCCAGUCGGAAGAAUCAGGGGGAUUUUUCUCUUUCAGUCCGGGUUGGUGACCAGGUAACCCACAUCCGCAUCCAGAAUACUGGAGAUUUCUAUGACCUGUAUGGAGGGGAGAAGUUUGCCACCUUGUCGGAACUGGUGGAGUACUACACGCAGCAACAGGGCUCACUGCAGGACAAAGAUGGAACCAUCAUCGACUUGCGAUACCCGCUCAACUGUUCUGACCCCACUACAGAGAGGUGGUACCAUGGGCAUCUGUCAGGCUCUGCAGCUGAGUCUCUUCUCCAGGCCAAAGCCACCCCUUGGACCUUCUUGGUGCGGGAGAGCCUCAGCAAACCUGGGGAUUUUGUCUUGUCUGUCCUCACUGACCAGCUUAAACCUGGGUCUGAUGCUCCACCAGCUGGGGCAACCAGUACCUCUGGGGCCCGGCUCAAAGUUACGCACAUCAAGAUCAUGUGUGAGACUGGACGCUACACAGUUGGAGGUGCUGAAAUGUUUGACAGCUUGGCAGAUCUGGUGGAGCACUUCAAGAAGACUGGAAUUGAGGAGGUAUCUGGCUCCUUUGUGUACCUGAAGCAGCCCUACUAUGCUACAAGGGUGAAUGCUGCUGACAUUGAGAAUAGAGUGCAGGAACUGAACAAGAAAAGUCUAUCUGAGGAGACAUCCAAGGCUGGAUUCUGGGAGGAAUUUGAUAGUCUGCAAAAACAGGAAGCCAAGCAGCUGUUUGACCGUCAUGAGGGUCAGAGACCUGAAAACAAGAGCAAGAACCGAUACAAGAACAUCUUGCCCUUUGAUCACUCCAGAGUCAUCCUCCAAGGAAGAGACCCAAAUAUACCUGGAUCUGACUAUAUCAAUGCCAACUAUGUCAAGAACAACCUGAUCAGCCCAGAUGAGUGCACUAAGACCUACAUCGCUAGCCAGGGUUGCCUGGAUGCCACUGUCAAUGACUUCUGGCAAAUGGUGUGGCAGGAGAACACGCGCAUUAUUGUGAUGACUACACGGGAGGUAGAAAAAGGGCGGAACAAAUGUGUGCCUUACUGGCCAGAGGUGGGCAGCACGAAGGAAUACGGUCCCUACCUUGUGGAGAACACUGGGGAGCACGAUGCAUUGGAGUACAAACUCCGGCACCUCUGUGUGUGUCCGAUGGAUAACGGUAAGGCUGUGCGUGAGAUCUGGCACUACCAGUACCUGAGCUGGCCUGACCAUGGUGUACCCAGUGAGCCAGGAGGAGUGCUCAGCUUCCUCGACCAAAUAAACCAGAAGCAAGAGAGCAUCCCAGAUGCAGGGCCUAUUCUGGUGCAUUGCAGUGCUGGGAUUGGCCGCACUGGGACUAUCAUCGUCAUUGAUAUGAUAGUGGAAACAAUCUCCACCAAGGGGUUGGACUGUGACAUUGACAUCCAGAAGACUAUCCAGAUGGUGAGGGCCCAACGCUCAGGGAUGGUGCAGACGGAGGCCCAGUACAAGUUCAUCUACAUGGCCAUCUGCCAGUUCAUAGAGACAACCAAGAAAAAGCUGGAAGUUAUCCAGUCUCAGAAAGGCAAGCCAAAUGAGUCUGAGUAUGGGAAUAUUGCCUACCCCCCUGCAGUGAGGAAUGUGCACGCCAAGGCUUCACGGAAAUCCUCCAAGCAGAAAGAGGAGUCAACGGUUUAUGAGAACUUGGGGAAAAAGGAGGAGAAGGUGCGGAAACAGCGCUCCUCAGAGAAGAAGCUGAAAGGCUCACUAAAGAAAAAAUAAGCAUACAUUGCAGGUAGCCCCAUGGGGGUUUUGAACCUGGGGGUGCAGGACUGGAGCUUACGUCCAGGCUGGCCUGUCUCACAUUCCUCGCUCUUGGACUGGAACUAGGCCUUCCCCUUCUCUUCCACGCUACCUUUCAGUGCCCUGAACCAGCCUGCUUUCCAGCUCAGCUGACCGACUUCAUUGCUCCUUGCCUGUGCAGGCCAGAGAAGUCUCCUGCUGCCCCUUCAUCAUUCAUUAACAGGAAAAUAUCAUGCCCCUUCUUUCCCUUGCUCUCUGAGCACUGAGGCCCAAACUCACCUCUGCUGUGUCAGAUUCAGCAGACGUCUUGAGCAAGAGCUAAGGAAGCUCUUUACAGGAGCUACAUCUCUGCCCACUGCUGUGAGUUAGAGUUUAGCCUGUUAGUGUUCCCUGAAGCCUCAGCUUUCAAAGAAUGGAGGUUUUGGCCCAUUUCAGCUCAGCUCCUCUGCAAUUCAACAGGAAACUUCCUCUUUCCUUAAUACCAACCCUCUGCACUACGAUUCUUUUUCUAUUUGAUCCUUUGAUUGGAUGCUGUAAAUACACCAGAAUUUGAUGUAAUCGCCAUGUUUUCUCCUUUGUUUGUAAAUAAACUUGUAUUUG